UGUUCCCAUCCCCCCACAAAUCACGACAACUGCCUAGGAAACUAUGGGGGACAGUGGCUGCGGCCGCCCGCCCGCUGAAGCUUCCCUCCCAAGCACAUCGGCCGCUGCCUGGGCCGGGUGCCGGUGGGCCUAGUUUAAGAGGUCAAACAGGUUCCGCCCGGGAUCCCCAACACCUCCCCCGGGGGCUUUGAAUCCCUCCCCCACCAUUGCCCAGGGAGGCGCAGCGGGAUGACGGUCUGCGCCUGCGCGAGCGGCGGGGCGAGCAGGGUGGGAUCCCCCAGCGCUUGGCCGCCCAGGCCGCUGGAGAUACGAUGCAGGUGUGUCCUCCACGAGCCCUUCCUCCUGUGCCAAGUGCUAUUCAAGAUGACAUUCCACAUCGUCAUCCUAAGAAAAAGAAGUCCAGAACAAAAAGUACACUAGCUUCUUCGGAAGGCCUUGCUGAGCCUGGUGUUAAUAGGCCAUCUGAGAGCAAUGAGUCACCAGCUCCAGUACUCAGGGAGUAUCCAGAGGCUCCUGUUCAAAGGAGACAGAAGAAGAUAAGGCCACCUCCUGAGUUGGAGACUUCCUUCACUGAUAAGAAGACAUCUAGUCCAUCUAUAUUACCAAAUGAAAAUGGUAUUGAUGUGAAGCCAGAUGAUGAGGCAGUUAUUCCAAAACCUCGAAGGAAGGCCAAGAAAACCCAGCCAGCAGAAUUACAAUAUGCUAAUGAGCUAGGAGUAGAAGAUGAAGACGUAAUUACUGAUGAGCAAAGUACUCUAGAACAACACUCUAGAUUCACGGCACCCACUGGAAUUAGCCAGCCUGUAGGCAAAGUAUUUGUGGAAAAAAGCCGGCGGUUCCACGCAGCUGAUCGGUCAGAGUUAAUAAAGACCACAGAAAACAUAGACAUGUCAGUGGAUGUGAAGCCAUCCUGGACUACCCGAGAUGUGGCUCUUUCAGUUCACCGAGCUUUCAGGAUGAUCGGUCUCUUUUCUCAUGGCUUCUUGGCUGGCUGUGCUGUGUGGAAUAUUGUUGUGUUAUAUGCUCUAGCAGGAGAUCAGCUCUCUAACCUCCCCAACCUUCUGCAGCAGUACAAGACCUUAGCAUAUCCAUUCCAGAGUCUUCUCUACUUGCUUUUGGCUCUAAGUACAAUUUCAGCAUUUGACAGGAUUGACUUUGCUAAAACAUCAGUAGCAAUCCGAAAUUUUUUGACUCUGGAUCCAACAGCUUUAGCUUCUUUCUUGUACUUUACUGCUCUAAUACUCUCUCUGAGUCAGCAAAUGACAAGUGACAGAAUCCACCUUUACACACCUUCUUCUGUUAAUGGUAGCCUCUGGGCAGCAGGAAUUGAGGGACAGAUCCUCCAGCCAUGGAUUGUGGUGAAUCUGGUGGUGGCCCUUCUGGUUGGAUUAUCCUGGCUUUUUUUGUCUUAUAGGCCAGGCAUGGAUCUCAGUGAAGAGUUAAUGUUCUUCUCUGAUGUGGAAGAGUACCCUGACAGAGGAGUCAAAGCCUCUUCAUAGUGCCAGCUCACCUUCACUGCUGCAGUGACCCAGUAUCUUCCUCACUUUAUUUUUAAGUGAAUUUUUAUAAGAUAUGUGUAUGUGUAUUUGUAAUUGAGCUUUUGAUUAUAUGAUGCUGAGAUGCCUCUGAAGAUUAUGGAAAAUGUUUAAAUUAUCUGGUCUUUGAACCCAAACAUGAAUUUCUAUAGUAUUAUCACCUUAAAGAUAAAGGAGAUAAUGAGCUAAAAUAAGCAGGUGUUUGCUUCCUGUUCUCUCAGAUUUGCUAUAUCCAUAAUCAUUAUUGAAAAGCACUAAUUUCAAAAAAACCAUAACUUCGGUGUUAUAAAAUAUAUAUCAAGUUUAGUUGUUAAUCUAGAGAAUAGGGGGUAGAAGGGAAAAAUGCUGACAUAUAUUUUUGAUGUCUUCUUGCUAAACACAUUGAAAUACAAAAUUUGUCCUUUCUGAACUUGGCUUAGUAGUUGUGUUUCAUGUAAUAAUUAUAAUGUAAUUUCAAUGGCACAAUGCUUUACUUCAUGGCUAAUAAAACAAAGAUGUAUCUU